GUGAGAUUAGGGUUACGCCGUGGUGGCCGUAUUGUUUCGAGUGAAGUGAAUGGUCUUAAGUGCCCUCUAGAUUUUUCACUUAUUUUCUUAAGUAAUCUUAAAUUAAAAAAUCAUCAAAAAUGAAAUUAAUUUAUCUUACAUUAUUAGGUUUACCAGCGGUAUUACUCUGCUUCCAAAGUGCCAGUACAAUUCUUGUCCAGGCAGAUGAAGACGAAUUGGAUGAUGUUGUCGACAUUGAAGGUGAAGACAACCAAGUUGUCGGAGAUGAUGCGCUGGGAGAUGAAGAUGAUUCAGUCGUAAAGUCUUCCCAAGAUGUAGACACAACUAUUCUAUUCACAAAACCUAUCCCUUCAUAUGGUGAUGCUACAUUUGAUCUACAGGCUGGUUUUCCCGUUGAGUUCCUCGUCAGUUUCAUCAACAAAGGCACAGAAGAUUACAUCGUUGAAACAAUGGAAGCUUCCUUCAGAUACCCCAUGGACUACACCUACUACAUCCAGAAUUUUACAGCUUUACCUUAUUACAAGGAGGUUAAGCCGAAACAAGAAGCUACGUUCGCAUACUCCUUUAUCCCAAAUGAAGCUUUUGCGGGAAGGCCUUUUGGGCUCAACAUCCAACUUAACUACAGAGAUGCUAGCGGAAACUUUUACCAGGAAGCCGUAUACAAUCAGACAUUGAAUAUUGUGGAAGUAUCUGAAGGUUUAGAUGGCGAAACAUUCUUCCUGUAUGUGUUCCUUGGUGCCGCCUGUGUGUUAGCACUGGUGUUGGGUCAGCAAGCUUUAUCAUCUCUUGCUCGCCGUAGAACCCCUCGUGCCACUCCCAAACCUUUGGAGACCGGUACAGGCGCUAACGAUGUUGAUUAUGAUUGGCUGCCCAAAGAAGUCGUCAACCAACUGAAAAAAUCACCUAAAACACCCAAGCAAUCACCACGUCUAAGGAAAGCGAAAAAAUCUACUGGUGAUGAUUAAAGUUUAGCACCAAAUCAUUAAUUUAGGAACACUAUUUGCCUAUCCAGGCUAUGUGUGUGUGUUAAUAAAAAAAAAUAGGAUUUGGCUCGAUUAAAUAAAUGAUUUUUCGUAAAAAAAAUCUAGUGUUGUCCCUCAAGAGCCUUUUCCUAUUUUAUAUUGUUAAGCGAAGAGACUGUGAAUUAAGUUGCUAAAGUGUUGAGUAAAUUAUGGAAUAAAUAGUGUGGACAGCUUGUAAUGUUGGCGAUUAUGUGAAAACAUUUUUAAUAAAAAAAUGUUAAUUUUU